AUUCGCUUUUUAACACGGCGGGGGUGUUUCAGCACCUUGAACAGCGCCAAUUUUGCCUUGUAAGCGGGGCAGCAAAGUAUAAAGAGGGUCGGCCCAAACACUACUUCGGUAAUCUGACGAUAGACCGUUCUUUACACGGGAAAGGGCAAAGCCAUUUCCCUCGACUUCACUCCAAAAGUCUUGAUGGUAAAACAAUGCAGUCCUCUGUCAGGGAGGACCCCCUUUCUAAAAGCCGCGUGCUCCCGGGACAGCAGAAUCGAUCCGAAUACACGGACUUCGCCACCCAGUGGCCGAAGACAGAGGAAAGGGAGGCCCUAAGUGGACUAAACGAGCGCUUUGCUGGUUUCAUCGAAAAGGUUCGCCAGCUGGAAAGUGAGAAUAAAGUACUGGAAAACGAAAUAGAGCAACUCCGAGAAAAACAGGCCACUUCGUCUACACUUUACGAAGGGAUGUGUGAAGCCGAAAUAAAAGAGCUCCGAGAAAUCGUUUGUGAAAUCAGCUCGCAAAAAACUAAGAUCGAGAUCGGAAAACAGAACCUGGAAGAAGACUUCAGUCUCCUGAGUGGAAGAUAUGAAAAUGAAGCUCAAAAACGAGCAAAUACCGAAGCAAAGAUCGCCGUUGUGAAAAAGGAUCUCAGUGGCACCCGACUUUCCAAAAUCGACCUGGAAACGAAGUUGCAAGCGCUUGUGGAGGAAAUCAUUUUGCUGAAAGAAAACCACAACCAGGAGGUGUCAGAACUGCGGGUCCAUAUCCAAGAUGCUCAGCUUACGGUAGAGGAGAAUUUUGCAAAGCCGGAUAUAACAGCAACUUUAAAGGACAUCAGAGAACAGCUAGCGGGCCAAAGCAACGCCACGACGCAGCAGACUGAGCAGUGGUUCAAGACGAGGAUGGCGAGUAUGGCCCAGACAGCAGACGUGAAUAGCCAAGCACUUCAGGCUAGCAAAGAUCACAUCCAGGAACUAAAACGUCAGUGGCGAACAAAAAGUGGAGAGCUGGAAAGAGCAAGAAAGAUCAAGGACAAGUUAGAGAAGCAAAUCCAGGAUCUGGAAGGGAGACAUGAGGUGGACAUCGCUCAGUACCGGGAAACAGUGCAGCUGUUAGAGAAUGAACUUCAGGUCACCAAGGCUGUAAUUUAUGGCCAUCUGAAGGAACACCAAGAAUUGCUAAAUAUUAAAAUGGCCUUAGAUGUGGAAAUCACCUCCUACAGGAAACUUUUAGAAGACGAAGAAUUCAGAUUUUGCACCGGCACUGAAGAUCUUCUUGCUCCACGUGCUCUGUGCAGACAGCCUGCCUUGUAUUCUGUGCCAAGUCUGAAGAAACAAAAGCCUGUGUCUCCCAUUCAAGAGCUGCAGUCCAAGUCAAUCGGAGACACCAUUACUGAAGCCACCAUGGAAGACAACUUGACAGAAAUUGAAGAUACAGAUGCAGAAGAUAUCGUGAGCGAAGAAGAAAAAUUGGAGGAGAAAAUUCCAGAAAUUGAAGAUUUUAGAGAUAAAGAUGUGGACCUCAAUGUUGGUAAAGACAAUGAAGAUAAAAUCAAGUUAAUGGAUUAUGCAGGCAAAGACGAUAAGGUAAAUGACAAGAUGUUUAAGCAAGACAAGCAGACUGAAGACAUGGCUGUAGAGCAGAGUGAAGAGAAGGAAGAUGAAAUGAUGACAACAGAGAUUGUGACUACCAGCAAGACCAGCAGUUUGAGAGAACAAACAGUACCCGAGAAUCUCACCAAAAGUGCAGAAAAUGAAACACCUAAAGAAGAAGAAGAGAGUUCAAGGGAAAGUGAUGUAACAAACAUGGGAGAUGAGCAAUAUGAAGAGCAUGUAUUACAUGUUGAACCUGAGCAGAACAGACAAUUACAAGACGCCAUGCUUCAAAGUGAAUGUCCACCAUCUGGAGAGGAAGACAUACAUGAAGAGCCACACAUCGAGGGUGAAAUAUCAAAAGAGAGUGCAGAUUCUGAUGUACAGAGUACUGAAAGGCAGAUAUCCCAUGAAGAUCUGAAGGAGGAAGAAACAACAACCAAUGAGAUGAUGAGAGAAAGUCACCAUAAGGCCAUUUCCAAGGUGAAUGUUGAUGCAGAAACACUGCAUGAAGCUUCCAGAGAAGAUGAAACAACAAAAUCAAGACAGUUGUACCUAUUGGAAGAUAGCAAAGUUGCAAAGCAAGAAGCAUUUAGCAUUCUGACAAGGGAAGAACAAGAUGAAAAUGAUGGGCCAGUAGAAGAUGUAGAAGAAAUUACUUACAGAAGAAAAGAAGUUAGUUCUGAAACAUUGAAAACUGAAAAUGUGGAGUAUGAAGAAAUAUCCAAAGAGAAUUAUAGGCAAAAAGAAUUAAAGGAAGACAAUGAAACAAAAAAAGAACUGGAGCAGGCAACCAAAGAAAUAGGGAUUCAGAAACCAGAAAUGUCCAUGUCUCCCGGUAAAGAAGGAGAAUAUCAUGACAAGGGGAAAGCCAAUGUAAUUUUAGAAGACUUCAAAACUGAGGAAGAUGGUUCAACUUGUAGGAUAACUGGUGACGAUGAAGAGGUCACAGAACCAAAAUAUGACCAGGAUGGGAAGGCUGAAGAAGAAGAAACAAACACCUUGAUAAACCAGACACUGUCAGAUGGACAAUUGACAGGAAUGGAGGAACUGGAAGAACUGGAAGUGAGUAGCCAAGUAUUCUCAGAUGAUGGAGAAAACAUUGGCCAGGCAGUGAGGGACACCCCAUCAGAAUAUGGACAAGGGACAGCACUGAGUGUACAGGAACAAAGAGAGGUAAGUCCUCUAACCAAAACAGAGGAUAGUUCAGAUAAGAAAGAGUCCAAAGCAGAAAGUAUAUGUCACCCAGAAAAAAAGGAACUGAAGCAAGUAAAUCAAGAAGAAGAAAAGAAAUGCAGUAACAUGGUGGAAAUUAAUGAUGAACAGUUGACAGCAAAAGACAAAACUUUAGAAUCUGAGAGAAACACAAUUGGUGACCAGGUUUCUCCCAUACAAAUAGAUGAAAUGGGUCAGACUGAAGAAGAACCAGCAACUAACAGCAAAGAUGAACCAAAAGACUUGCAGCAGGAAGGUGCAGUUGUUCACCCUGAACAAGAAAUGGCUGAUGCAGCAGAGUCUGCACAGUCACCACACACUGACUUCACACCCGGAGACCAUAACACCAUUGCACAGCAGGAAUUUAAAGAAGAUACCAGCUGUAAACAAGACAUCCACACAGGUUUAGGAACUGAAGAAACUGAUGCCAUGUUAUGUGACCACAGAGAAGAGGUAUGCAAGUCAUCCACAGGAAAAUUGCAUCACAUGGAAAUAGGGAGCAAGGAGGAAAUAGAUCUUGGAAAGACUACCACUCCAACAACACAGGAGAUCUUGGGGCAGAAUGAAGGCAUGGAACUUCCUAAGGAAAGCCAAGAGGAUGAAUGUUCAACCACUAAGGACAUCCAAGAACAAGAAGAGUCAGCCUCCAUCACACAAGGAGCCCCCGAGCAAGAAGGAAGAGGUGAAGAUGAUGGCCAAGAGUCAGUGCACCCUGCUGACUAUUACAAGAAAAUGUAGCCUCGUCAGACAUUAAACAACUUUCAGAGUAAAGCGUGCAUGUGACAUCUUGGCAUACUUAAGCAAAUACUAGAAAAACUCAAUCAAAAGGAGCAGGGCACACAAUGAGACCACAGACUUUUGAUAAUCUAUGAGACACCUUCACCGUAAAAACUGCAUGGUGCCCCUCACUUCAGCUACAUGUUCUGUGGUUUGCAUAUGUUCAUUGAUUGAUUUCCCCAAUAAAGCUUUACUGAUAACAAAAAAACACAAAAAGAGCAGUUUUGUUGGUUUUUUAGUCCCUUUGACAACUGCACCACAAAGAAGUAGUAAGAGUUGGACAGUGGCU